GAAAGAGAAGCACAAAUGGAAGAAAAAAAAAUGGGAACUUUAGAGGGAGAAAGAUAGUCCUCCUACUUUAGUGAGAGAAACAGAGGGCGAGGGAGAGAAAGAGAGAGAGAGAGACAGUAACCGGUUCAUUUUGAGAGAGACAGAUAUUGGGGGAGAGAGAGAAGGGGACAGUGUGAGAGUGUGUGUGAGAUAUUUGCCCAGAGAGAGAGAGAGCGAGAGGGGGAGGAAGAGAGAGAAAGUACUGCUGCUAGUAACAAAGUCUUGUCCUUUUGAUUCACCACACCCAUGUUAUUGUUAUUGGUGUUGCUGUUGUCCCCUAAUCUUCCUCAGAUUUCUUCCUUUGCUCCCUCUUCACUCUAUUCGUCUUCUUCGUUUUCGUCUUCUACUUCUUGAGGUAUGUACUUAAUUCUUGUUUUCUCUUUCACUCUUCUUCUUCUUCUUCUCACUUUCUUUUUGUGCCUACACUCUGUUUUAAUGGCGGUCGUCAUAUUUUUGGGUCCAAACUGUGCUUCUCUGCUUAGAUCUCUCCCAUUUACUUGUGUGUACCCUAAAUGGCGACCUGGGUCUGUCUCGUUUUCUGAAGUUUUCUCUCUUUUGGUUCCCUUGGCCCAAAAUCCUUGUGCUCGGUUUCCGGCGCAAUCUCAAACUAAUGGUUAAGGGUUUGGAUGCUCAUUUUGGUCGCUCUAAGUGCGCUGGAUCUUUUUCUUGUUUCUGUUCCUCUGGCACGCUUCUAAGCUCCACUAUUGGAUGAGAUCUUGGAAAUUCUAAUUCCUAAUUUGCUCUAGAUCUUGUUUAGUUGUGCAUAAUGUUGAUAUGGGUUGGUUCACUUCUCUCAGAUGGGACAAGUUCAAUUUGAAUCUAUGGGUAAUGGGAGUUCUUUGAUCAUUGCAUCAAAGGGGGUAGCUGCAGUUGUCUUGUAAUUAAUUCUGGGUGGUGUCUCUAAGGAAAGCUAUAUAGAUGGGUUCCCGUUUCCCAUCUCAUCAGCUCAGCAAUGGGCUCUACGUAUCAGGUCGGCCUGAGCAGCCGAAGGAAAGAGGUCCAACUAUGAGUUCUGUGGCAAUGCCAUAUACCGGGGGUGAUAUCAAGAAGUCAGGAGAAUUAGGGAAGAUGUUUGAUAUACCUGUGGAUGGCUCAAAGUCUAGGAAGUCUGGACCAAUAACUGGGGCACCUUCGAGGACGGGAUCGUUUGGAGGCGCUGCUUCACAUUCAGGACCAAUUAUGCCAAAUGCAGCUGCUCGGGCAGCCUACACUACAUCAGGUGCUGCGUCUUCUGGCGCCAUGUCUGGCUCAGCUUCUCUAAAGAAAUCAAAUUCUGGACCCCUUAACAAACAUGGUGAACCUAUAAAGAAGUCAUCUGGUCCUCAAUCUGGUGGAGUGACACCUUCCGGUCGACAGAACUCUGGCCCUAUUCCUCCUGUUCUUCCUGCAACUGGCCUCAUCACAUCUGGGCCUAUUUCUUCAGGACCACUAAAUUCCUCUGGUGCUCCUCGUAAGGUAUCUGGUCCUCUGGAAUCUAUGGGAUCGAUCAAGAUUCCAUCCGGUGUUCACAAUCAGGCCGUCACUAUUCUCAGCCAAGAUGAUGAGUUUUCCUUCAAAAAGAACUUCCCCAAACCAAUAUUUUGGUCGCUGAUUCUACUCUUUGUAAUGGGUUUCAUUGCUGGUGGGUUUAUCCUUGGAGCAGUUCAUAAUCCCAUACUUCUCGUCGUUGUUGUGGUUCUUUUCGGUGCUGUUGCUGCAUUGUUCAUAUGGAAUAAUUGUUUUGGGAGGAAGGCUAUCAUGGGCUACAUUGCCCAGUAUCCAGAUGCUGAGCUACGAAAUGCCAAAAAUGGACAAUUUGUGAAGAUUUCUGGGGUGGUUACCUGUGGCAAUGUUCCUCUUGAGUCCUCGUUCCAAAGGGUUCCUAGAUGUGUGUAUACAUCAACCAGUUUGUACGAGUAUCGAGGAUGGGAUUCGAAAGCUGCCAAUGCUAAACAUCGCCGUUUCACUUGGGGGCUCAGGUCUCUUGAAAGGCGUGCUGUAGACUUCUACAUCUCUGACUUCCAGUCGGGAUUAAGAGCGUUGGUUAAAACAGGGUUUGGAGCAAGAGUGACACCCUAUGUAGAUGACUCUCUUGUCAUUGACAUAAACGCGGGUUCUGAGGAUUUGUCUCCCGAGUUUUCAAGAUGGUUGGCCGAGAGGAAUUUAUCGAGCGACGAUCGGAUGAUGCGGUUAAAAGAAGGAUACAUCAAAGAAGGAAGCACAGUGAGUGUAAUGGGAGUUGUUCAAAGGAAUGACAAUGUGCUUAUGAUCUUACCACCUCCUGAACCCUUCACGACAGGUUGCCAGUGGGGAAAGUGCAUUUGUCCUGCUAGUCUCGAGGGCAUUGUGUUGAGAUGUGAAGACACCUCCAGGAAUGAUGUCAUACCUGUGUAAUAAUUUGUUGGUUGGUAGACAGACUCAAUGGCAGGCCUUUUCUUCUCCUUUUGUUUUUCCUGCAUAUUUCUUCCAUUAAUAUUGGUGGUGGUGGUGGUGGUGCGGCAGCUGCAAGGCAGGCAGGCAGGCAACAAACAUGCAGCAUUGCUGGUGGUGAUGAUGCUGCUGUACCUAUGAGUGGUGAUGAUGAUUGUAAUGAUUAUUAGGUGGUGGUGUUUCCUUUUUUGUAAUUUUUUGUUUUUAUCCCUGAGAAGUUUUACUCGUGUAUAGUUUGGUCUUGGUGUUUUUUUGUGUUUAAUCUGGUUUCCAUUUUUUCAAUUUUUCAACUAGGGAUCGAAGAAGGCUUUUGGUUAUGUGGGGUGGAUGUUGAUGAUUAUAUUGUAGGAAUGUUUGAGCAGAGUUGAGCAGAGUUGCCCGGUUAUGUUAAAUAGAAAGAAGGAAAAAGAAAGACCAUCUGUGAGCUAUAUACCUCUCUCUCUAUAUUGUAUAUAUCUCUCUGUCUCUGUCUGUCACUGAGUAGUCAACAAAUGAAAUAAAGAAAACAAGAGCUUCUGGAAAAGCAUCUUGCCAGCCAAUAUCAACUCCAUCACGUUUGGUAGGCUGGAAAUUUUGACAAAGUUGAGUAUAAUAUAGAAGCCUACGGAUGACAGUUGGAACUUGCUAUCACUAUUACAUUUACUCCAAUAUUUUGUUCCAUGUCAAUUAAGAUUAGCAUGCUUGCAGUGCUUGCAUAAAGGUCUGUAUGCACAGUGGCCAAAUUCAUUUUUUGGAUCCAUGAAUGACCUUCGGACGAAAAUGGUUCGAGAGCCUU